CUUCUCCUCCUUGUUGCGUCAGCCACCACAGCCGGAGAGGACAGGACAGGACAGUUAUAGCGGGGCAGGCAGGCAGAGGCAGAGGCAGGGCACCAGCACCGGCCACCCCAUUGGUCCUCUCCUGCGCCGAUCACACCCGAUCCCUUCUUGCUGCCGCCGGCGAAGCACUUCACACUAUUCUGUAAGAAAUGGCUGAUGGUGAGGACAUCCAGCCUCUUGUCUGCGACAAUGGCACUGGAAUGGUCAAGGCUGGUUUUGCUGGAGACGAUGCACCAAGGGCUGUAUUCCCUAGCAUAGUUGGCCGUCCUCGUCACACCGGUGUCAUGGUAGGGAUGGGACAGAAGGAUGCAUAUGUUGGUGACGAGGCACAAUCCAAGAGAGGUAUUCUCACUCUGAAGUAUCCGAUUGAGCAUGGUAUUGUCAGCAAUUGGGAUGACAUGGAGAAAAUCUGGCAUCACACAUUUUACAAUGAGCUUCGUGUUGCACCGGAAGAGCACCCUGUGUUGCUCACUGAAGCUCCUUUGAAUCCAAAAGCCAACAGGGAGAAAAUGACCCAGAUUAUGUUUGAGACUUUCAAUUGUCCUGCCAUGUACGUUGCAAUUCAAGCUGUGCUCUCCCUCUAUGCUAGUGGGCGUACUACUGGUAUUGUUCUUGACUCUGGUGAUGGUGUGAGCCACACUGUGCCCAUUUAUGAAGGAUAUGCACUUCCUCAUGCCAUUCUUCGUUUGGAUCUUGCUGGUCGUGACCUCACGGAUUCCCUAAUGAAAAUUCUCACUGAGAGGGGUUAUUCCUUCACAACCUCUGCUGAGCGAGAAAUUGUAAGGGACAUCAAGGAGAAGCUUGCAUAUAUAGCCCUCGACUAUGAGCAAGAGUUGGAAACUGCCAAGAACAGCUCCUCAGUUGAAAAAAGCUAUGAGCUACCUGAUGGUCAAGUGAUCACGAUCGGUGCAGAGAGGUUCAGGUGCCCUGAGGUCCUCUUCCAGCCAUCCAUGAUUGGUAUGGAGGCUGCUGGAAUCCAUGAGACAACCUACAAUUCCAUCAUGAAGUGCGAUGUGGACAUCAGGAAGGAUCUCUAUGGCAACAUUGUUCUCAGUGGAGGUUCAACCAUGUUCCCGGGCAUCGCUGAUCGUAUGAGCAAGGAGAUCACUGCCCUUGCUCCGAGCAGCAUGAAGAUUAAGGUUGUUGCUCCACCUGAGCGGAAGUACAGUGUCUGGAUUGGAGGGUCGAUCCUAGCCUCGCUCAGCACUUUCCAACAGAUGUGGAUAUCAAAGGACGAGUACGAUGAGUCCGGACCAGCAAUUGUUCACAGGAAGUGCUUCUGAGUUUCGAGUCCGUCAUCAAGAUGUGUUGCAGAUGUGUCCAUCAUCUACUCUCAAGUUAUGUCCGGUUCAUUUUUCUAGUUAUGUGUUGCAGAUUUGCAUGCUAUGCUUAUUUUCUUCAGACAUGGCUCUUCCCUGUGAUAGGCCAUCUUUGUAUGUUGUGGCUCCAUGUGCGAGCGCUUUGUCAUAUCCUAAACUGGUUUGUGAUAUCGGUUGUCAAACUUGCUUGGUUUGAUUGUUUGGAGUUGUCCGAGCUGAUAGUUUUCUAUAAAUUGCUUGGAUUAUGCUGUUGUA